AUGGCUCCUUCUACGAGAUACGAAUCCGACAAUGUCGACCCUAAGCCAUUGGGAGAGCCAUUGGCGUUCGAGUUCAGCGGCAAGACUGCUUCAAAUCGGUUCAUGAAGGGAGCUAUGACCGAACGUCUGUCGAGCUGGGACCCGAAGAACCUCGAGGCGAGAGGCAUCCCAUCGAAAGAGUUGAUCAAUGCGUACAAGAGAUGGGGCGAGGGUGAGAUUGGUGUGAUACUCACAGGCAACAUCAUGUUCGAAUACGACCACCUCGAGGCUGCGGGUAACCCCAUUGUGCCAAAGGAUGCUCCAUUCGAGGGCGAGCGAUUCGAGGCGUUCAAGGAGUUGGCCACGCAGGGGAAGGCACAUGGCAGUCUCGUCGUUGGCCAAGUCUCGCACCCAGGACGACAGGUCACGGCGAACAUCCAGAAAGACCCGGUCUCUGCGUCGGAUGUCCAUUUGGACAUGAACAUCAUGGGCAUGACUUUUGCCAAGCCGCACGCUGCUUCUGAGAAGGAGAUUGCUGGGUUCAUUGAUGGUUGGGCUCAUACUGCAGAAUAUCUCGAGAAGGCUGGGUAUGAUGGUAUCGAGCUUCAUGGUGCUCACGGAUACCUCCUUGCCCAAUUCCUCUCCCCAACUACCAACCAACGAACGGACAAGUACGGCGGCAGCCUAGAGAAUCGAGCCCGCCUCAUCCUCGAAGUCGCCCUAGAAGUCCGCAAACGCACCAAGCCCAACUUCGUCCUCGGCAUCAAGCUCAACUCGGUUGAAUUUCAAGACAAAGGUUUCCAACCCGAAGAAGCCAAACAACUCUGCGCCCUCCUCGAGCAAAACACUUUCGACUUCGUCGAGCUCAGCGGCGGUACUUACGAAAAACUCGCCUUCGCCCACCAACGCGAGAGCACCAAGAAACGCGAAGCCUUCUUCCUCGAAUUCGCCGAGCUCAUCGCCCCCGCCAUGAAGAAGACGAAGACGUACAUCACCGGCGGCCUCAAAUCCGUCGGCGCCAUGGUCAACGUCCUGCAAUCCGUCGACGGCGUCGGGCUCGCUCGCCCUCUGACGCAGGAACCGCACCUCUGCAAAGACAUCCUCUCGGGCAAAGUCAAGGGAGCGAUCAAGCAGCUUGUCGACGACAACAACUUCGGCCUGACGAACGUCAUUGCGGGCUCGCAGAUCAAGCAGACGGGCAAGGACGUCGAGCCGAUUGACAUGUCCCAGGAGGAGAAUUUGCAGGCGUUUAUGAAGGAUAUGGGGACGUGGUCGGAGAAGAUGAAGGGGGAUGAGGGCAUGGUGCAUUAUGGGUUUGUGGAUGUGGAGAGUGCGAAGGCCGUGCCGUAUGGGGCGGGAGCGCACUUGUAG